AUGGAAGGUGUCUUAAGUCCACCAAAACCAUUUCGUUUCGACGGGAGUUCAGACUACGCAAAUUUAAGUGCCAGUUGGACAAAAUGGAGGAAUAGCUAUGAAAUUUAUACAAAGGCAUGUGAAAUAACGAACAAAGCGGCGAGUGUGCAAAUUAAUAUAUUAUUGCACGUACUUGGCGAACAAUGCCGAGAAAUCCUAGACCAAAACAAAGAUUCACUUUUAAAAUGCACUACCGCGGAAGCAGUCUUACAAAUAUUGGACGGACAUUUUAAUAUAAAACCUAAUGUUACAGUGGAACGACACCGAUUUUUUACAAGGAACCAGAGAGAAAAUGAGACCAUAGAACAAUAUGUUUUUGAUUUGCAGAAAUUGGCUCAAACAUGCGAUUUUGGGGCCUUAAAUGACGGUCUUAUAAAAGAUAGGCUGAUAUGUGGCGUAUCCAAUUCAGUUAUUCGGGAACGGCUACUAAGGGAGUACGAUCUAACCUUAAGUAAAGCAUUAGAAAUAUGUCGAGUCGCGAUAGUAUCGAGGGUUUAUGCGGAUAACAUUAAACAGGAGCAGUUAUCAGCAUGUUUAAUCAACAACAAUAAUCAAGCGGUCGAAAAUGAUGAGAAUAUUUGGAGUGUACGGCACAGGAGGGAUUCAAGGAGAGGAUAUCGCGGCGGCGCAGGUGGCGUGAGCGCGGACGCGCGCAUUGGCGGACGCGGCGUACGCGGCGGCGCGACCCGCUCGGCCCAGCGCCCGCCGCUGCGCGCUCGAGGCGAGCGUGCCUUCACGGGUUCGACGCUUUGGGUGAAGCAAUGUGGGCAUUGUGGCAGUGUACAUAAAAAGUUUGAGUGUCCCGCGUAUGGCAAGCAGUGUCUAAGAUGUGCGAAAAUGAAUCACUUUGCCAGAGCCUGUGUUGCUAGAGUAUUCAAUGUCGAGGAGUCUGAUGAGCAGGUAAUACAUACUGUAAAAUCUAGUAGUGAGUGGAAUGUAAACCUAAUGAUUAAUAAUAAGUCUAUUAAUUUUAAAUUAGAUACUGGGGCAGAUGUUAAUAUAUUGCCGUUGUAUUAUUUGCCACAAAUUGGGGUCUCGGAUAAAGAUUUGCUAAAAACAAAUACCAAGUUGUCUGGCUACUCGGGCACCGCCAUAAAAGUAGUAGGAAAAAUCACUUUAAAGGUUUAUUACAAAAGUAAAAUGUACAUGCUAGAAUUUAAAAUAGCAGAUGUUAAGUCUAUGCCAGUGUUGGGCAGGUUUGCGUGCAGUGAGUUGGAUAUGGUGAGGCGCGUGAUGUCGAUACAGGAGGAUAGCGGAGUUCCCUCAUUUUUAGGGCAGUAUGACGACGUUUUUCAGGGUAUAGGGUGCUUACCGGGGAAUUACAGAAUAAAAUUACAUGAAAAUGUUGUACCGGUUGUUCAUGCUCCUAGGAAACUACCGUUCGCGAUCAGAGACAACGUUAAGAAGAAAUUGGAAGAGAUGGAAAAACAAGGUAUUAUAGCCAAAGUAGAGGGCCCAUCGGAUUGGGUAAGUAGUUUAACCAUUGUUAAAAAAGCUAACGGAGACAUACGAGUUUGUCUUGAUCCGAAAGAAUUAAAUAGCGCGAUCAAAAGAGAAUAUUUUAGGUUACCGUCACUCGACGAGAUUGUAUCAAAACUUUCCGGUGCUAGGUAUUUCAGUACUUUGGAUGCGGUAGCAGGGUUCUGGCAGGUAGCUUUAGACGAUACUAGUGAGUUGUGCACGUUCAACACUCCCUUUGGACGUUACAAAUUCUUAAGGUUACCCUAUGGCAUAUGCUCGGCACCAGAGGUGUUUCAUAAAAAAAUAUACGAAAAUUUUGAUGACUUAGAUGGAGUUUGUAUGUACAUCGACGACUUAUUAGUAUACGGUUGCAGCAAAAAAGAACAUGAUGAAAGAUUAAAAUUAGUAUUGGACAGGUGUAGGAAAGUCAACCUCAAACUAAAUAAAAAUAAGUGCAAAUUUGGGUUAGAAGAAAUCAGGUAUUUGGGACACAGGAUUACAAAAAAGGGGCUUUAUCCGGAUAACUCACACAUUACAGCAAUAACGAACAUGCCUAAACCUGAAAAUAAAAAGGACGUAGAGCGAUUACUAGGAUUAAUUACUUACGUGGGUGCUUUUAUACCAAAUUUAUCUGAUAAGACAUUGUUGUUGAGAGUGUUGUUAAAAAAAGAAACGGAAUGGCACUGGGAUGAAAGACAUGAUGAGUGUUUAAAAGUUAUAAAAGAGUGUUUAUCAAAACCACCAGUGUUAAGAUAUUACGACUUAGACCUCCCUAUUACUAUCUCAGUAGAUGCGAGCAAAAGCGGCUUAGGUGCCUGUCUAAUGCAAAAUGGAAUGCCAGUUUGUUAUGCGUCUAAGUCAUUGUCAAAAGCCGAACAGCGAUAUGCUCAGAUAGAGAAGGAGUUAUACGCUUGCGUUUUUGCUUGUGAGAGGUUUCAUGCGUACAUUUACGGAAGAACAGAUGUAGUUAUCGAAACUGAUCACAAGCCACUCGUUAGCAUUAUAAAGAAACCAAUAGUAGACUCACCAUCGCGCCUACAACGGAUGUUAUUGAAAUUACAACGUUAUACAUUCAAAUUAGUCUACAAGGCCGGUAAACAUCUAUUUAUUGCUGACGCGUUGUCACGGGCCUACGAGCCGGAGCCUGCGUUGAGCGCGCAGCUUUCCAGCGCUGUCUAUACACAGCACGAUGAAGUUUGCGCGAUCACAAGAGAUAUGGCAAUGAGCGCAGCGACUGAAGUUACGGACUUGCAGUUUAUUAAGUUGCAAAAGAGUUCAGAAAAUGACGAUGAACUCGCGUUGUUGAGAAAAUACAUAAUAGGAGGGUGGCCUGCAAAUAAGCAUGACGUCAUGGAUUUGGUAAAGCCAUAUUGGGGCUAUAAAGAGCAUUUAUCGAUCGCGUACGGUCUAGUCUGGAAGGAUCAAAGGAUAGUAGUGCCAAAACUCUUAAGAAAAGAUUUGUUAAACAAGAUACACGUCGGUCAUGUAGGGUUGCAAAAAUGUCAAUUGCGGGCAAGGGAGACAGUAUUUUGGCCGGGAAUAAAUAACGAUUUAAAAAAUUUAAUAUCUAACUGUAGUAUAUGCCUGACGUACAGGAAACACAACCAAAAGGAAGAAAUGCAACCUCACGAAAUUCCCGACCGACCAUGGGCAAAAGUAGGUACAGAUCUAUUUCAAAUAAAAGGUGUGGAUUACUUAUUAUUAGUCGAUUACUAUAGCAAAUUUUUUGAAAUAGAGAAAUUACAAUGUACAACUUCACCUAGUAUAAUUGAAACCCUAAAAAACAUAUUUUGCCGUCAGGGUAUACCGAACGUAGUAAUGUCUGAUUGUGGCCCGCAGUUUUCAUCAAGCCUGUUUAGACAGUUUUCGUUAGAAUGGAAUUUCAAACACAUAACUUCAUCGCCACGAUAUCCGCAAUCUAACGGACAAAUUGAGCGAAUGGUACAAACUGUAAAAAACAUAAUACUUAAAAGUAAAGAAGAUGGAGUUGAUUAUCGAUUGGCGUUACUAGAGUAUCUUAACACACCUUUAGAAAAUAAUAUUUCAUCACCAGCUGAGUUGUUGCAAAGUAGGAAAUUCAGAAGUAUGUUACCAAAGUUAGAUCACACUUUAAAACCAAAAUUACAAAAAAAUGUACAUAAUAAAUUAGUCAUGAGGCAAAAUAAUCAAAAAUACUACUACGACCAACAUACGAGAAAUCUAGACCAAUUAAGUAACGGACAAAAAGUAAGGGUACUACUAGAUGUAAACAAAAGAGAAUGGUUAUCAGGGACAAUAUUAUGUCAGCUGCGAUAUCGUUCAUAUAAAAUAAAAUUAGCAAACGGGAGCAUUAUUAUACGUAACAGACGCCAUAUUAUUAAAGAUUCUCCACAUCGAAAGGUCGCGUCGCGCUAUACUUUAAACAAUUACGAUGAUAUCCAACCUCACUGCCCGCAAAACAAUCAGGUUUCAAACUGUACUAUACCUUCUGGAACCUCACCUAAUACAGUAAACAACAAUAAUUACUAUGUCACACGUUCCGGCAGGACAGUGAGGCCACCGGAUAGAUUGGGCUUCGAACACUGA